CGCUGGAUUCCUAAUACGCCCGUUGUGAAGCCCUAAAGGUUUUGGAGGUUGUGAGGUUACUAAUACCAUUGCAGCUUUUGCAAACUCCACCUUUAAGCGCAUACUAUUAUUAUAAAUUAACUGUUUUCUAAGCACCUGCUUGAAAAGUACAAGUCCAUCCAUAAGCGUGUUGUAUAUUUGAGUGAAUGAGUGAACAUUGUUUGUCGUAAAGAAAUUGUGUGACAUCGGAGCAUAACUGCAUAUAUUCAUCUAACGCAAAAUACAUAAAUAAAUACCAUAAAACUAAAAAUUAACGUACUGAACUCAGGCGAUUCUAAGAGAACUAAUAUUAAACGAGAUGGAUAUCGAAACCGCCCAACAAAACGGCAAUGCGGACUCACGUGAGAGUUCCGUGGAACGCGAGCUCAACGAGGAAGUGCAGGCUGUGGAGCUAAAUGGCUCAUCUGAUUCGGCGAAAAGCUUGAAUGGGCUCAUGAAGAAGCCGUUACCUGUCGGCGAUGGAUAUGAUCGCAUCAAACGCAAAGCCAAACGUCUUAUACAGAGACAAAAUAGUCGUGGCGAGACGAAUGGUGCUGCCAGUGCAGCGAUUGCCGCUGCACUCAAUAGCACCACCGGCAGUUAUGUUGUGCCACAUCGUCGCUGGAAGAAUAGUCGUCGUUCACGUAACGGCCACGGACGCGGUUUGCCAAAGAAAGGUGGUGCCGGCGGUAAAGGUGUUUGGGGUUUGCCGGGUUCGGAAGCGCUCGAGGAAGUGUACGAAGAUGAGAAUGAUCCCAACUACGAUAGUGAGUGUAAUGAUAAGAACAUCGAAUUGCGUGAAGUUAUUCCGGAGGUGACACCGGUAGAAUUCUUCAAAUUGGCUGAACCAAUUGUAUUGGAGUAUUAUGAACACGGCGAUACCCAUGAGGUGGCUGUGAGCUUUGACGAGAUACUUACCGGUCCGCUGCGACCAUAUGUGACAAGCGUUGUGGUUGAGAUCUCAAUGGAUCAUAAGGAUUCGCAGCGUGAAAUGACAUCGGUAUUGAUAUCCGAUUUGUAUGGACGUGUCAUAACCGGCAAGGAUAUCGAGAGAGGUUUUGAAAUUUUGCUCGAAAAUUUACCAGACUUGACGUUGGACACACCGGACGCGCCUACCAUACUAGGCAAUUUCCUUGCACGUGCCGUCGCUGAUGACUGCCUCCCACCUAAAUUCGUUACAAAGCCGACUGAUCUCGAUGCACAAAGUCAACAUGCUGCCGCUGCUAUACGCCGUGCUGACACCCUACUACACAUGAAACAGGGUUGGGCACACUUGGACAAUGUCUGGGGCAUGGGUGGGCCACUGCGACCAGUCAAGACCAUCACCAAGGAGAUGACCUUGCUGCUAAAGGAGUAUUUGUCGUCACGCGACAUACAAGAGGCACAUCGUUGUCUACGCGCACUCGAAGUACCACAUUUCCAUCAUGAAUUGGUGUAUGAAGUCAUUGUCAUGACACUCGAAUCCCUUAGCCAGACUACCGAGGAGGCCAUGUGUGAGCUACUCAAGUCGUUGGAUGAGGCAUGCUUGGUAUUGCCAGCCGGUAUGGAGCAGGGGUUCCUGCGCGUUUUUGACGACAUGGCUGACAUUGUUUUGGAUGUGCCACUUGCAUAUAUAAUAUUGGAUCGCUUCGUAGAGCGUUGCAAUCGUGCUGGUUUUAUAACCGAUAAGAUUUUAAGUAAUAUGCCCUCUAGAGGACGUAAACGUUUUGUCUCCGAAGGAGACGGUGGCCAUAUUAAGCCACAAACUAUUCCAAUUCGUGACUAAAAAGAAACGAAACAAAUUAAUUACAAUUUAAACACACACACAAAAACAACAAACCACAACUAAGUAACAACAACAACCACAAGCACUUUUUAAUCACAAAAUAACUGCAUUCUUUCUACAAAAACAACUGACAAAUGAAAAACCACAACAACAUUAAUCAACAGCAACAAAAAGUAAAACGAAAAGUAGUAUUAUCAGCAGAUUAAAAAAAAAAAAACAUAAAACAAAAACAAAUGAAAAUUAAAAUGACAUCGACCGUUAAAAAUGAGACGACGAAAUGCAGAAAAAGCUAGAAGUGUGAACUUUAACAUUACAUUUCUACUAUUAUUUGUUUGCAUAAAAAACCAACAACAACAAGGGUAUAAGAAUUUUACGAAGCCUGCGGAACAGCAAUAAACAACGAGAUAGAAGAGUGAGCGCAAAAAACUACGGAAUCGCAAAUUCGAAAAAUUAAUAAACAACAACAAUAACUAAAUUUUUUGUCAGCUUUCAUUGUGGUGCUCCAAUAAAUGUUGUAGGAGUUGUGCGAAAAUAACAGUCUUGUAUGUUUGCUGUCGUUGUUGUAACCGUACACAGGCGCAUGGAAAUAGCAAAUAAAAAUAUAAAAACGCUAUGACCACGAGCGAGACACUUCCGCUUCUGCAUAGACCGCAUACUCACCGACAUCCAUCAGCGUACCGGCAUGAGUGUAUCAAUCACUCCUCUGUAACUAAUUUAAGAGGCAUGUUUGUGAACUGCUUUUUUUUUAACUUGAGACACCGAAUGUAAUUUUAAGUUUUCAUGCUAUGAUUUGAAUUCUCGCAAAUUUAUUGUAUAUGUACGUUUGCUGAAGUUUGAGUAAAUAAUUGCUGUAUUUUUUAAUAUAAAAUUUUUGUAAAGAGAAACGAACGAAAACACUGCAAAUAUUAUGAGUAGAAAUUUUUGAUGAAAAAAAUUGAAAUUUUGUAAUUUGCGCAAUAAUAAAAAAAGAAAAAAAAAACGUAAAGAGAUGAGUAUCGCGAAAUAAAAAUGUAGACUAUUUGUUUUUUAGACAUUUCUCCUCGUAUGUAUGUGUGACAGACACCAUUUUGCGUUUUGCAAACACGCGCAAAAUUAAGUGAGCCACAAAAAAAAACCAAAAACAAAAAAAUUAAAUUGUAUUGACACACCAUAAAAUUAAAAAAAAAAAAAACUAUUUCAAAAAAUUUCAAUUUAUUUGUGGCGUACGAUUUUGCAAUGGAUAUACAAAAUAAAAAAAAAAUAAAAAAUUAUCACCAAAAAUUGAAACCAAGGCAGCGGUUUCUAAAAAAGCAAGUCAAGAACUCUACAUUUUAGCCAAAGUUAAGGAAGCAUGCGCACAAAGUCACAAAGAGCAUCGAGAGCAGCCAGUAUGAGUCAACAGCGUUAGCUCAGCUACAUAUAUUUAAAGCUAAAAAAUAUCUAUUCUGUUUGCAAGCGUAGCAAUACUAUUUUAUUGCGUAACAGAAAAAUUACAAAUUUACAAUUAUAGCGGUUAUGCAUUGGAUAUUCGAAACAAAAUAAUUACAAUUAAAAGCAAAUACCAAGAGUUUGCAUUAUUUCGCUACUCAAUUUUAAUAUAAAAACUACUAUAUGGUAUUUGUAUCGGUGGUGAAAAACGGGUUUCUCACAAAUUGUAUUUUUAAUAAAAAAAAAAAAAA